CUCGGACAUCACGUCAAAGCAGUGUGACGUUUUGGAUGCAUUUUUCGCUUGACAAAGUAGGGAGAGCAGAAAAAAACAAAAAGGCUACUUUUCUUCCGAGUACACACAACAGUGAUUUUAAUACCCGUACAAAGAAGAAAGUCAAGGCCCAGGGAAGAGUAAAAUUGAUUGGUUUUGUUCGGUGGCAAACUACUGUAGCGGAUUGCGGGUUUUGCAGAUAUCCCUCAACAGCGUAGUUCCGCAAAAAACAGCACAGCAGCACACCACCACCAUUCCGGAUGGCUAUCAACCAAAACACAACCGAGUCGUCGUUCCACAGUUCGGGGAAUGGAGGCAGUGAUUCAGCUUCCGCCCUGCGUAUGCUGCUCGAGCAGUUGCUGCUCCAAAGUGUCAACAGUGGCGAUGCAAACUUUUUCACCGAGGCCGAAUACCAGAAGAUAUGCGAAUGCAUCGUGGUGCUGCUGGUCGCGGACCAGAUCGAUGCCACUACCAAGCACGAAAUUCGCAGCCUUCGAUCGCUGGCGGACAUAAUUACCAAGCAGUUCCAGCAGCUGAUCGAACGGAAAGCGUUCCGCGAGCUGGUGAAGGAUUGUCUCGAAAAGAUGUACACGGCCGAUGCGCUGUCGGUGAAAAAGCUCCCGUCGCCGUUCGCCACGAUCAUGCUGGCACUGAUGGACCCGAAGCAGGGUGUUGCGUGGAUUCUGUCCAAGAACAUGAUCGACGAACAUAUCAGAAAGAUUCUCAACGUUUUCAUCGACUGGCUGUGUAAGAUAAAUUUUGCGCCAAAUCUAAACAUUUGGAUCAUACAGAUGGUGGAAGGUUUGAUGGCUAAGGGCAGAACAAAUUGCAUUUUGAACGUGCGGCAGGAUAAACUGAAACAAUGCAAAGAAGUGAUGCUGCUUCCGCAUUACCAACAGCAAGUGGGUCCCGUGAUCAAUUGCCUGGAAUCGUGCGGAGAUUUGCAAUCGGACAACGUUCGUCUAAACUACACCUGUAAUGAUCGUUAUGAGAGUACUGCAGACGUUGACAAUAGCUUGAUUCGGUCGAAUGCCCGCGUAGGGUUGGUCAAUUUGGGCAACACAUGCUACAUGAACAGUGUGGUACAGGCACUAGCUAUGACUAAACAAUUUUGUACGGAAGUUCUGCUGAAACAGAUCGAUGCUCCACCCUUCUCGGAAGUGCAGCAGCUCCUUGCCCUGCUAAUCCAUUCACGGCGACCCGAACUAACUCCGCGGGCAGUGCUUGCAUCAACUAGACCACCCGGGUUCGCACCAGGCUACCAGCAGGAUUCGUCCGAAUUUUUAAGCUACCUGCUCGAUCGAUUGCACGAGCAGGAGAAAAAACUGUUGCAUGCAGCUCAGCCCCACAAUGCACCAUCGCUACCGGCUGCCACCAAUGGUGGUGGCGGCGGUGGCGGCGGUGGCAGCGGUUCCACCGGUACUAUCAAAACUUUAGUACAGAAAACCUUCGAGGGUCAACUGUCGGUCGGCUGUUUGUGUGCCGUUUGCAACAGCUCGAACCACACAACCGAGGCGUUCCGUUCAUUGGAUCUGUCGUUUCCGGAUGACACCGAACUGUCGCAGGCUGCGGGCGACGAUGGUGCGCAUUCGGUCCAGAAGCUGCUCGAUUAUUUUUGCUCCUCCGAGAAGCUAGUCGGUGAGAAUCAAUACUUUUGUGAUCGCUGUCAGCAGCUGCGCGAUUGUGAGCGCUCCGUUACGGUAACGGCGCCGCCACAAAACCUCAUUCUCACCAUCAAACACUUCCGGUACGAUCAGACACGAAAUUUGCGCGCGAAACUCAUGAACAAGAUACUGCACAACGAGGACAUUUCGCUUACCGUGACGGACGCGGCGGGCCAUUGCCGCCAGCUGCACUAUCGCAACUAUGCCGUAGUGGUGCACUACGGCACGAGCAUGGACUCGGGACACUACUACACCUACGCACAAGAUGGCACGGGCACGUGGUUCAAGUUUAACGACAACUACGUGACGGAAUGCACAACCAGUGAGCUGCAAAACAUACCGAGCCCCAACACGCCGUACAUUCUGUUCUACCAGCUGGUUACGAACGGCGCACCGGAAACAGCCCAAGCAACCGCAACCAGUGCCGGCCAAACGAUCGGUUCAGCGUACGGAGAAAUGAACGGUGGAGGCGGCGGCGGCGGUGGCGGAAUGCACGGAAACACGUUUCCCGCACUAAACGAGCUGCCCACUCGGCUGCAGGAGUUUGUGCGCGAUGACAAUCUCCUGUAUCACCGGGAGGUGCAGGAACAGCGUGAUAAGAAAGCCUCCAAAAUGCCACUGUUGUCGUUCGGUGGCAGUGGAGGCAAUCGCCGCCAGUCGGAUGAUUACGACGAUCCACCGCCAAGCUCGUGCGGUAGCAAAUGGUUGCAGUCGUCGAAUAACUUUAUCUUCUAAAAUCCGUUCCGUUGCUGUGCGUUUUAUUUGGACGUAUGCCCGACGUCCAUGUGGCCCAUGCUCUUACACACCUUCCAUUAUUUCCUAUUUUUGACACGAUCAUGGCUGGCAGGCUGACGUGAGACAUGGGAUGGCUCACCACCGUUCAGUUGUUACUAAUUAUAAAGGAACUAAAACUGGU